AACACGACAAGCUUCUCCAGACCAGAACCCUAGCCGCCGCCGCGCGCGCGGUAUGGCCGCCUCCCGCCGCCGUUCCUUCGCCUCCGCUAUUUUCACAGUGAUCGCGUCCUGCGCCGCUGCGCAGUCGGCGGGAGGCCCGGGACCGAAUUACAACUCGAUGAGUUUGUCCGACGUGAUGACCAUCUCCUUCUUCAUGGCCAUUUUCUUCCCCAUCUUCGUCGUCUUGCUGGCGUUCGCCUGCCUCCGCCUGUUCCGCCCACCAGACGAGCCCGCGGCCGCGGACGCCGCCUCGUCGCAGUGGUCGCACGGCCCCAAGGAGGGCCUCGACGCCUCGGAGAUCGCGGCGCUACCGCUGGUGUCGUACCGGGACGUCAAGGAGCACCGGAUCAGCGCCGGCCCGACGGUGGACCCGCUGGAGUGCGCGGUGUGCCUCCUGGAAUUCGAGGACGACGACAGCCUCCGCCUCCUCCCGACGUGCCCGCACGCCUUCCACCCGGAGUGCAUCGGCUCCUGGCUCGAGAAGCACGUCACGUGCCCGCUCUGCCGCGCCAACGUCCUCGACGCGCCGCCGGAUCCACGGGAGCUGCUGCAGGUCGUGCAGCCCCCGUCGCCGCCACACGAAACGGCGGUGGCGUCGCCACCCGACUCGCCGCCGGCUCACGACACGGUGGUGCUGAUCGGCGCCGACGUCGAGCGCAGCGAGGAGGAGGAGGACGAGAUCAGGUCCAGGAUCGCGCUCGCUAGGACGCAGCGCGAGGCCGGGCGGCAGGUGCUGCCGCGGUCCAACUCGACGGGGCACGAGCGCGCCGGGGGCGGCGGGAUGGAGCGAUUCGCGCUGCGGCUGCCGGAGCAUGUCCGCCUCGAGAUCCUAAUGUCGCACAGGCUGAGGCACGCGACCAGCGCGGUGGCGUCCGUGCGCGUCAGGGAAGGGAGUGGGUAUGACCAAGGCGCAGGCGGGAAUUCGGUGCGGAGCGCCGUGGCGAGGCUGAUUUCGCUUUUCGCGCCCGGAGCAGGGUGGAAGGGCGACGACGAGGACAGGUCAGGCGCUGGCGGGUCGUCUCGCCGGCGGCGCGAUGAAUCGGCGCGGGGAGCUGGAGAAGAGAAGAGAAGCGAUUGAGAGAAGGGAAACUUGAGGUGUUGGCUAAUUAAGCUCCAAGAUUGCUAGUCUGGCUCCUUUGGUUGUGAAUUGUGAUAUCAAUUCUUCUUUGGAGUUUAAUGCAGAGCUUGCAUGACUUCCAAUUUUGUUUGUGAGUGUAAUCUGUAGGACAGUUUAUGCCCGAGGAUGUCAAUCGAUGUUUACUUUCUUUUCUGCAAAUGUUAAAGCUUCCUCCUUCCUCCGU